CGAGGGGUGGAUGUUUACACAAGUUGUAUUUUUUUCUUCCAGUUUUGUCCAAACAGAUUGUAGUGGUAAAAUGAAAAAGGGAUUAAAAAAUGUUGUGAUAUUUAAGGGAAAUGGGAAUUCUAAGCAUCACUUCAGUCAGAAGAGACUCUGUGAAGGUUUGUUUCAAUUCAUUUGCCGUCGUUCCAGCUCAGCCAACGUUCUUUGGCUGUUUUUCAGCCUUGGGUGAAUUUUUAACUUGUUCUAUUGUCCAGCCUAAUAUUUGCCAUAUUCUAAUAUGUCUCUUGUGUCAAUGUAUCGCCGCUGUCCAUGGUCGCCACGGAGGAAACUUCCUGUAGAUCUGAUUAUAAUUGGAUGGUGAAACUUUCCAGCCAGCCAGAAAAACAAGGCGAAGCAAUUCAGGCAUUGUUGGAAGUCAGGGCAAUAUUUUUUUUAACUAUUAAAAAAUAAUGAUUUUUGCAAGAAGUAGAACAUUUUAGAAUUAAAUGUGGAGUGGAACUUAUUGUUACGUGAUAAAAUCACGUGCCUUGCGUACCUUCAGAAGUAUGUGGAAAUCCUAAUUUAUUGUCGCAAUAAAGAAAGUUUGGCAAAAUAAAAAUUCCUCCCGUGAAAUGGAUAAAAAUGUUGUCGAUCUUUAGAACAUUGCUUCCGUUUCCGAUGUUGCAAUGAUUUGUUGUUGUUGUUGUCAUUGCUUUUUGUGGAAUAAACCCUGGGUGAAUGGUAACUUACCUAGUGUCUUGUACUAGUAGCUUUGAGUCUUCGGGUCAGUGCCAACAGGCAGAUAUUAAUUAGUAAUGCUGUACAGAACUGAUGAUGUUUCUGUAUACGUUUCUUGUUUUCUAUAUGAUACGACGCAUAAUGUUCAGCGGCAUGGUGCAGCCCCAGGCAGACAUACCCCUGCAGUGGGAGAUGGCAGGGGACGAGGGUGGCGGCGGCGUGGCUCUUCAGGUUCCCGCUGAGCUGGCAGCCAAUGAGGUGGUGUCUAGACUACUGGGAGACAACCAGCAGCUCCGAGAGGCGUUGCAGCGUAGUAACCAGGCCCUGCGUGAGCGCUGUGAGGAGAUGGAGGAAUGGCAGCGGAGAUCUAGAGAAGAGAGGGAGUUCCUCAGCUGUCGUUUCCAGGAGGCCCGAGCGCUAGUGGAGAGACUGGCCAUGGAGAACCACAGCCUUACCAGCCUGGCCAGCUCCUCUAGCCCCUCCAACCCUGGACCGAACCAAGGCCUGCUAGUCAACGGCCCCAGCCAUGGCUCGGAGACCAACGGACCUAUGGCAUCCUCUCUGCCCGCAGGAGGAGGUAAAGACUUUGUCCAGCUGCUGAAGAGCCACAAAGAGAAGUUGGAAGAAGUGAUGAGAGAUCUGAUGAGGAGGAAUGAAGAGCUGGAGAAAAAGAGGGAUGAGGGAGAGAGAGAGAGAGAGACUCUUCGUCGCUCGGUUGAGCAACUCCGAACCAAACUGAGUGGUGGCGUUACCGAGGAAACGGUUCAGCGUUCCGAUGCCGCGCCCUCCUCUGACAGCUCCCACCUGGCCAAACUCACAGAGCAACUUCAAGCCACACAGGGCAGGUACAGAGAGCUGCAGGAGAAGUUAGAUUCCCUCCAGAAGACUUCAGCUCAGAGAGACAGAACUGAAGUGCUGCUGAAACAGAAGGACAAGGACUGUACCCAGCUGGCUAAGGACGGCGAGGCGCUGAAGGCCCAGGUAACAUCUCUCCUGGGAGAGCUGAGAGAGAGGCAGAACUGUUUGGACCGGAGCCAGCAGGACCGCAACAUAUUGGACGAUAGGCUGAGCAGUACUCGGGAGGCGUUGGCAGCAUCAGAGAGAGAGAUGGAACAACAGAGGAAGCAGCACUCUGUGACCGUAGACAAACUACUUCUGCAGACACACAACCUAGAGACCGCCCUGAAGACUGACCGCCUGGUUAUCACUGAAGAGAGGAGGAAGCUAGCCCAGCUGCAGCACGCCUACACCUGUCUCUUUAAGGACUACGACUGCAAACUAAAGACUGAGGGAGGAGACAUGGUUGUUCGUCUGGAGGAAGCAGAGAGAGCGUUGGCUCUGAAACAGGACCUGAUUGACAAGCUGAAGGAAGAGGUGGAGCAACACAGAGGAUCUCUAGAAACCGUCCCUGUUCUCACCGCCCAGGCUGAGAUCUACAAGGCGGACUUCCUAGCGGAGCGGGAGGCCAGAGAGAAGUUGAACCAGAGGAAGGAGGAGCUUCAGGACCAGCUGAACAGAGCGCUGGCAGAGAUGGAGCGUCUGAAACAGGAGGAGGCGUCACGGGCUCGGAUGGAGAAGAUGCAGCAGAGACACCUGGAGGUCUUCAGACCACCACGACCCCACAUCACCCCACAACCAGGGAAUACCUUUAACACUUCCUCGCGCAGCGUGGGAUUGUCUGCAGAGGGAGUGGCCGGAGGCGGGGCUGAAGAGCUUCCUGACUACCGCUGUCCAAAGUGCCAGUACCAAGCCCCCGACAUGGACACCCUGCAGAUACAUGUCAUGGACUGUAUCCAGUAACACACACACACACACACACACACACACACACACACACACACACACACACACACAC